GAGGGUGAGCGUGGAAGAACGUGUGCUAAGGUCCUUUAAUAAAGAACCUGGCCUGUUCUAUAGGUUUGCGUGUGGGAAUGUGUGACUAGUUAACGUUAUUUGUACUUAUGACAAAAAAAAUUAUAUAUUUUAUGAAAAAGCAGCUAGUUUGCUAUUGAACCAAAGCAAAGAACUGAGGAAACCACAACAGACAGCACGUUGUUUGCGUUGUUGUUUUUCAUGUCCAGGAUCUUUAAAUUGUCUCAUUUGUAGAUAUUAGAAAACGGCCCUGUGUUUUGAAAAUGUCUUCGGGCUGUCAGAAAAACACUACUAGCAAGUCCAUUCCGACCAGACGGGUGACUAUAAACGACGCCGCGCACAUGCCCCACGACUACUCCACAACUCCCGGAGGAACUCUGUUCAGCAUAACUCCUGGAGGUACAAGAAUCAUCUACGACCGGAAGUUCCUGCUGGAGUGCCGCACUUCCCCGCUGGCCAGGGCUCCCCCGUACUCUCUCCCUGACAUUCCAGGGGUCACCAGCCCACCCUCAAAACACAUCAGCAAUGUAAAGGCCCAUAACGGAGAACCACUGAACAACAACAAUAUCGCUGCACCUGCUGACAACAGCGCUGGGGAUGAUGCACAGUUUGAAAUGGACAUCUAACUGGUGGUGGAAUGAGCAUUCGAGAGGAAUGUGAAGCAACUUCACUUACUACCAUGAUGCUAAAGAAGAGGGUCAAGGGGACGCCCAGCCAAUCCCCUAUCCAGACUCGCUACAAUAUUGUCACCCUCUGUGUUUACAGAUGUGUCCAUUAGUUGCUGUGUGUUAAUCAAAGGUAGUUCAGGAGUGUGAAUGAAUGUUACUCUCUUGAAUCACCUCUGGUGCCUUUCUCUUGUGGACCCAGCAGCAACACUGAAAAAGACUGCCCCAGAGGAGUGGUGUGGAGGUAAAGAUUCAAUACAAUUGUUUUCAUUCUUUAAAAUUAUUUUGUCACUCAAAUCACCCUAAUCAUGGGCUACUCACCCUUCACCUCUUCAAAUACUGCCUUCAAAAUACUUUUAAUUUUUACAGAUAGUGUCAUACAAAGGAAUGUAAAACAUGUUUUUGUCGCCUUUGUUUAAAUUUUGAGACAGAAAAAAAAUACAUUUCCACAUGGUAUGUAAGAAGAAGAAAUAAAGCAAAGAAAACAUA